AUGGAAGAGCUGGAGACGCUCGCCGCCAUCUACCCCGAGCUGGAGUAUGACACUGACACUCUGAGUGGGUCUCUGGAGAUCACGGCGUCUUUCGAAGAGCCUGUGAAGGUGGUUUUUGGCGAUGCAGACACGCAACAUGAGAUCAGGAACCUGCCGCCAGUGCUCCUGUUUUUUGCACUACCAGAGGGCUACCCGGAAACAAAACCGCCCCAGUUCGAUCUCCAGUCGCUGUGGAUGACUGACGGACAGAUCGCCAAGCUGACAACGGACCUAAUACACCAGUGGGAACAGGUCAAGGACGAGUCCACCCUGUUUGCUUGCGUUGAUCUGAUCAAGGAGCAGGUGGAGACCGUCUUUGGAGAAGCGCAACCGCUCAAGUUUGCCGCCAACUUGAAGUCGAACGUUCUCAACUAUGACGUCUGCGCGGACAAGGAACAUUUUGCCACAAUGACUUUCACCUGUAGCAUCUGCCAGGAGACUCGCAAGGGAGCCGUUUGCACACAACUCGCGUGUGCCCACGUCUCAUGCACAGCGUGCCUCGCCGACUACUAUUCCACUUGCAUUACCCAGGGAUAUAUCGAGAUGGUACACUGUGUGGAGGUGGAGUGCAAGGAUCCUCUGAGCCCGGAACAGCUGUCGGACAUUGUGGGAAAGGAGAGCUACGAACGAUACCAGAAACUGGUGCACAAAAGAAGACUAGAAAAGGACCCAAACUCAGUUACCUGUCCUCGAACUAACUGUGAUACACUCGUGUAUCGAAAACCAGGCGAGUACAUGGCUCGGUGCUCCCGGUGCAAGUACGCCUUUUGCGUCAACUGCAGAAAGGCAUGGCAUGGCACUUACAGAGGCUGUGUGAUUCACGUUCCCCCAGAUUCGCUCAUCAAGCACUACAUCGACGAAGCUGACGAAGACGAAAAGAAGGAUAUCGAGUUCACAUGGGGAAAGGCAAACAUUGAGACUCAUGUCAGACGAUUGGAACAUAUGGAGGAGGACGAGAAACUUUUCAAGGAUGCGAUGAAGGAGGCAAACAUAAUUGCAUGUCCACAAUGCAAUGUGCCUAUUGAAAAAGCCGAUGGAUGCAACAAGAUAAAGUGUGCACAUUGCUUGGCUGCGUUCUGCUAUCUUUGCGGCACUUCAGUGAGCUCGGAAGACCCAUACGCCCACUGGAGAGACAAGGAUGGUGAUGGAGGAGACUGCUACGGCAGACUCUUCGAGGGUAUCACUGAGGAAGAGUUGGAGAGAAGAGCUCAACUGGCAAUGGUAGGCAUUGUUGAGGAGGAUGACGAAAACUGGCAGGCUUACGAAUACGUCGAGCCCGAGUAA